ACUUCACUGCAUUCUUGCGCGAAAAAUCAUCAAACUGAAUGGAUAGUUGUGAGAAUUUUAUUAAUUUUUAGUCAAAAACUUGCCACAUAAGUGGAAUAAAAACACCGGAAUUCAAUUAGAGAUGUAUUGUAUGUUCUGAAGAAUCUGGCGUUUUACUCUGUAGGAAAAAUCGAAAGCAAAACGUCAAAGAUGUCGAAACGGGGACCUGAUGAUAGUGGGUCGGCCGCACAUCAACCGCCCAUCAAAAAAGUCCAUUUCGAGCCGCACCUUAUUGGAUCCGUUUCGACAUUGGAAGAAAUGGAUAUAAAAGUUCUUAAAUUUCAACACAAAAAAUUGGCCCAGCGCAUUGAACAAAGAAUUCGUUGCGAGGCAGAGCUGAGACAGCGCAUUGAACAGUUGGAGAAACGACAAACUCAGGACGAUGCUGUACUGAAUGUGGUGAAUCGAUACUGGAAUCAAUUGAAUGAGGACAUUCGAGUUUUGCUUCAACGGUUUGAUGCUGAAACGGCUGACGAAGCUGAAAAUAAAAAUGAAAAUGAGGUGACCACAUCCUUUUUAACACAAUUGUCCACGUGGGACAAGGAAGAGCUCGACGAUAAACUUGCCAAUCGAGUCCAAGUAUCCAAGCGAGCUGUUGCCAAGGUCGUCCAAGUAAUCGACCGGCUAAUGCAAAGAAACGAGAAGUUUUCCAUGGCUCUUCGAUCGCCAAACGACGGAUCAAUGACAUUGCCAGAGAUCGAUGAAACGUUACGUCAGUCACAGAUUGAAAUUAUGGCUGAAAAUAAGAAUCUGCAAAGCUUAAAUACGUCGCUCCAUGAAAAAUACCACACAAUAUCGUUGAAGAUGAAAGAAUUGCAGGAUACGGUUACCGGCAAGGAAACGGAAGCAGCAGAAUUACACAAUCAAAUCGAUGACUUGCAAUAUGAAUUGGAAAAAGUUCGACUAAGAAAUGACAAAUUGGAGAACCACUUGGCUGAAGCUAUUGAAAAGCUCAAAACAUUUCAUCAAUUGGUCGGCGAUCAACAGCCGAAAGCCGGAGCGCCUGCUGCAGCUCGUCCAACUGUAACGACAAGUGUUGCAACGCAACACCUAGAAGAUUUACAAAAGGAAGUUGAAGAAUACCGUGAAUUGGCUACCAACAGACUUCAAGAACUGGAUAAAUUGCACCAGACGCACAGGGAAACGUUGAAGGAAGUUGAGAAAUUGAAAAUGGAUAUCCGUCAAAUUCCCGAAUCAGUUAUCGUCGAAACAACCGAAUACAAAUGUCUUCAGUCACAGUUUUCCGUACUCUAUAACGAAUCGAUGCAAAUCAAGACAAUGCUCGACGAAACGCGUAAUCAACUACACAGUAGCAAGAAUCAACAUCUUCGACAAAUCGAAAUGAUGGAAAGCGAAGAAUUGAAUGCCCAGAAGAAGAUGCGCAACGAAAUGAUCCAAAUGGAGGAUGUUUUGGCCCAGAUUCGAAAGGAAUACGAAAUGUUGAGAAUUGAAUUCGAGCAAAAUAUGGCGGCAAAUGAACAAACAGCUCCCAUCAAUCGAGAGAUGCGGCAUUUGAUUACAUCGCUGCAAAAUCAUAAUGGUCAAUUGAAGGGUGAAGUGCAUCGUUACAAGCGAAAAUACAAAGAUGCAGCGGCAGAGAAUAUUAAAUUGCGGAAAGAAGUCGAAGAGGUCACAGCAAAACUUGGAACGGAAUCAAAGAAACAAGAGGUAAAAACGGAAGGCGGUCAACAGGGGAUUAAAGAAGAAAAUACUGGCGAAGGGUUGGCCAAUAUGAAGGAGGAAGGAACAGGUUUUGUGAAGAGUAAGUGGUCGACUGAUAGGUUUGCUGGCACCGUUAUAACUAUAAAUCCGCUUUUUAUUACAGCUGAGGCUGAUGGAAAUGACGAUGAUAGUGUCAAGAAAGAAGAAGGAGGUGGCGCUGUUAAACUAGAGAAAGAUAACAAUUCCGCUGGAAAUGUGACGGAUAAAAAAGAUGGACAGUCCACGUCAUUUAAGAGUGAAAAGGACGCAAUAGAGGCACAACGAGCGAAAGAACUAAAAAUUGCUGAAUCAGAAGUGGUUAGAGAUUUGAAAACUCAGCUGAAGAAGGCGAUGAAUGAUCAAAAAGAAUUGAAACUUUUGCUCGACAUGUACAAAGGAGUAUCUAAAGAUCAAAGAGAAAAAGUUCAAUUAAUGGCAACGGAGAAAAAACUGAGGUCUGAAAUCGAUGACCUACGCAAUCAGCUGAAGAAGAUGCAGGAGAGCAAGCGUGAAGAACGUAAAAAGUUGGCUGACGAGGAUGCUUUGAGGAAAAUAAAGCAACUAGAAGAACAAAAGUAUGAACUACAGAAGCAGGUCGCGAACCAAAAACCAGUGGAUGGGUCAUGGCCAGGUCAUUACAAUACUCGUCCGUUUGUGGGCUCUCACGAGGAAGAGGCUCUACUUAACGAAAUGGAAGUCACUGGUCAAGCAUUCGAAGACAUGCAGGAACAAAAUUCGCGCCUCAUCCAACAGUUACGUGAAAAAGACGAUGCCAACUUUAAACUGAUGUCGGAUCGCAUUAAAGCCAAUCAAAUGCACAAACUUUUACGCGAAGAAAAGCAAAUACUGGAGGACCAAGGGCAGACUCGCGAUACACAAAUCGAGGCCAUGCACAUCGUCCUGCGAAAGCUUGAGGAAAAGGAACGCAUACUGCAGAACACUGUCACGACUAUAGAAAAAGAAUUGGUUCUGCGACAGCAGGCAAUGGAAAUGCAUAAGCGAAAAGCAAUUGAAUCUGCACAAUCUGCGGCCGAUCUGAAGCUCCAUUUGGAGAAAUAUCAUUCACAGAUGAAAGAAGCACAACAAGUAGUUGCCGAAAAGACCAGCGCUCUGGAGGCGGAAGCCUACAAGACAAAGAGAUUGCAAGAGGAAUUAGCACAAUUCAAACGUAAAGCGGAACGUAUGAAGAAGAUUGAAAUGGCUGGUACUACUAUUGACGAAGUUAUGUUGGAAGAGAUCCGUGAGUAUAAGGAAACUUUGACAUGUCCAUCGUGUAAGGUGAAGCGAAAGGAUGCGGUUCUUUCGAAAUGCUUCCAUGUUUUCUGUUACGACUGUUUACGUACGCGAUAUGAAACACGCCAGCGUAAAUGCCCGAAAUGCAACUGUGCUUUUGGUGCCAAUGAUUAUCAUCGUUUGUUUUUAUCCACUUAAACGAAUGUUUAUUUUAUUUUUUACCAUCUACAUAAUAGAACCUAGGCUUAGACUGAAUAAAUAAAGAAAAUGUGAAAAGUCAAA